AUGUACGGCGCGGCAUUCUACCAGUCCCAAUACCGCCACGCCGUCGACGACUACGACCGCCCCGUCGCGGGGCCCUCUCGGGCCACAACUCCCUCUUCCGACUCCGACGGCGAGACCUACACUCGCCUCACCUUCCCCACUUCCUCCUCCCGUGGCGAGCACUACGUCCGCCCACAACCUCUCCCUCGAGCUGCGUCCCCACCUCCUCAACGUGCCACCUACACCUACGAGACUGCGUACGUCAAGGAGGUCCUCCCCGGCGUCCUGGAGGAUGGACGAUGGCUGGCUUCGCAUCCGUUUGUGGCGCGAUACCUUGACGCUCUAGUUGCGGACUACGAGCGCAAGACUGCAGCUACAGGUGGCGGGCCAUCGAGUGCGCCGUUGUUCCAGGAGAAGAACGGCAAUCCCACCGUCGGUCGACCGGAGGAUGUUGGCGUCCUCAUCGGCGAGGAGCUCAGCCUUGAGCAGUGUCAUGCGGUCUUCACUCUGGCUGCUGUCGAGCUCAUCGACAAGAUGUCCCACAAGGCCCACCUUGCGCUUUGGAACAUGCGGGUCCGCAGACGCACUGUGAACACGAUCAACGGGACGAUGACACGCGAAUAUCGUCCCGUCUACUUCCGAACCUUCUUCUGGUCGGGCAUUGCGAUUCAUAUGGACCGGAUGAGCGCAAUCCACAACUUCGAGAUUCGGAAAGCGACGUACGGGAAGCCUGAUCCCGAGCCAGCAUCAAGGCCGAAGAGGGCAGUGCGUAAGGCCGACGCACAGAAGGCGGGCGGCGAGCAAGCACCCCCCGCGCCACGGCUCGACAAGGGCAAGGGCGUCGACCGCGGCACCCCUGCGCGCGCCACGGCGCCACGGGCCAAGAAGCCCAAGGCAGCCAAGGCAAAGCCCGUUGCGAGCGCGGGGCCCGCCACAGCUCCCCGCCGUACCCCGCGAAGAGCUGCGACGACGAAGAAGUCGCCGCUCGGUCUGGAACCAGUAGUGGAGGCCGUCACGCUCGAGGCGAAGGUCGAGCAGAUGGCCACGCCCGCACUCGCCACACCUGCGCCCGAGCCUGCGCCUAACGAGGCCGAGGCGGACGUCGACAUCGAGAUGCCGGCGCAGCUGGCUGCUCCCGCCCCUCCUCCGAAGCGUGCCCGCGCGGUGAGGGCCACGACUGCGCCGUCCCGGGUGAGCAAGCGCGUCGCUGCUCGGAUCGCGGACUCGGCUCCUGCUAUCGCGACGGUGUCGCCUACGCCGGUGCCGACGCCACAAGCGCAGGGGUCCGCCACGCCCGUGGACGGCUCGCCGGAACUAUCGCGGUCGAGUACCGCUGUGGACUUCAAGGCAGAGUCCGGAGAGGCCGUGGUUGCGGAGGAGCCCGCCAAGGUGGCAGGCAAGAAGCGGAAGGUGGACGACCUCGCAGACGAGCAGGCCCCUGAGCCCGAGGAGGAGGAGGGCCCGCGCCGCAAGUCCCUCCGCACCGCUACGCGCAAGCGGACCGAGAAGGGCGAGGCUCUUGCUGCCGAGCUGAGUGCAGAGAAGGGCGUCAAGCGCACGACUCGCAAGAGGCGGUGA